AUGGGGACACCUAUUCGCUGCUAUGAUGAGAUGUCUUUCAGCCACCGAUCUGAAUACCAGGGAGUCUGGCGAUACGCGAGAAAGUUUCCCUAUCGGAACUUGACUCCAGCACAACAACAGCUCGUCAACAACCAUGUCCGAUUCCAUCAGAAGGUCAAUCUACGCGCCACUUCCAAGCACUUCUCCAUCCAACCAGCCCUCUACUUCUACAUCAACGGCUUUUACAACAAAAUCUGGAUCCACGGUGUCUCAUCGGAACCGGAAAUGCAGGAGGUAUCAUCCUUGGGCCCACAAGAUGGUAUGAAAGUUCUGGUCAGAUGGGCCUUGGAUGACUUCACCAUGGAUGAUUUCUGGAUUUUCGUCAAGCUCUCCGUCAAUACAAUAUCUCCAUACAUUCAUUUUAAAAUUAGGGGUUCUACAUUGGGUGGCGCGGGUUAUCAUCGAGAUCUGCGAUUAAUGCCUGACGGGAAAAUAUCGUAUGAUGUGGCCCAUCUACGAAUUCUCGAAAAAUUGACAGCAAAUGCAUUCCUCUCGGUCCUCGACCUGACACCGGAAGAAUAUUUUGACUUCUAUUCCAACGCCUUCAACCAGCUACUCGACUGUCAACUCAUCCGCUUCAGCUUCAUCUAUUUCUCAGAGAAUGAAUGUCUUUUCUCUCUUCCAAUCAUCCACAAACUCGUCCUCCAUAUCCUCAAUUCGAGAAAACGAGAGACGGGUGACGGACGACGGCUUAUCGUUCUCGAUACACAACUUGCCCUGCCAGCUGAGGAGGGUCGAUACAUUCCGAAGACGUCAGUCAAUUGGAGAGCAGACAACGAAAUGAUGCUGCAGAAGCUGAGCGAUGAACUGAACGAGAUAUCGAUUGAUCAUCCAAUUCUAACCUCUCAGCUCUACAAUGCCCAAGAAGAUUUCCCUCUACAAAGACUUUCCGGUGUCUCCCCCGCACAUUAUCUUUUUUCGACCGGUAUCCACACGAUAAUUGCCCAGAAUUAUCCCACGCAACUACACCUCAUCAAUCAGAUUCAAUUGAUCCUCAACAGUGCCGGUAUCGAAAAGGAAAUCAAUACGCCUCCUUGGUGGCCACUGCCCCGCAACAACGCUUCCACCCCAAACCACAUCACCAACGCUACGCAAGUGCCCACCAAUCACUCGAUGGCCCACGCGGGAGCGCAGACCAGCAGCGCCCUUCCACGUAAUGCCGAGGGCAAUUCGGGGGUGUUGCCGGCGGUUCUGCUGAGCAGCGGCCUCCUCCUCAUCCUCAUCCUCAUCCUCAUGGCCAUCGCCUUUGCCGGCUUCUACGCCUUUCUACGCACACGAUUCGUCCUUAAGCCGCCCAAGGACAAGCAUGGCAGCACCCGGUCGACGCGCAGCAAAAAGAAGAAGGGCAAACGUGGCAAGCACAAGCGUGAUCACUCUGACGCGGAUAACUCGUCGAAGAAGGCCUCAAAAGACUCGAAGGGCUCCAAGGGAUCCGCCCACCCGCCCCCCAAGCAACUACCCAUCGCCAAGGCGCCGGCCAAUCGUGCCGAUCUGGACACGCUCGUCGACGUGCAGUCGAUCAGA